CCCUUCUUUCCGGAGCUGGGGAAACCGACUCCAGAAAUCCCAUCUGAGGGAACAGACGUCCUGGCAGAUAGAACAAACCAGGUGUGAGCACUGUCUUUCCAAAGUUACACUGAAGCUGUUGGAGGAAAGGUCGGACCUCAGGCCUUCCCGCGGCACCAACUACUGACGGCGGAUUUGCUCACAGAUCCUUCACAGCUGUUUCAAAGAACCAUUCUAUGAUUCUAUGAUCUUCCAGGACCCUUCCAACACAGAACAUCCUAUCGUUUUAUGAUCAUGAAGAAACCACCCAAGCCACGUCAUCGUGCGGUUCUAUGAUCUUCCAGGACCCUUCCAACACGGAACAUCCUAUGGUUUUAUGAUCUCCCAGGACCCUCCUAUGGAAGUGCUGUCACAAUGACGUGAUGACCUCACCAGGGUGGGGCAGGGGCAGUGGGUCAGCGCUGAACCUGCUGGCCCCAUUCUGCGGGUGGUGCAGGUCCUGCGAGGAGCUGUGCGAGUGGUGCAGUAAUGCGGGCCCAGUUUGCCAGCGGAAUAAUAACGGCGCAGCGGCGUGUGAAGCUGGUGCAGGAGUUGCUGCAGGCUCAGGAGUGGGCCAAGGAGCAGCGCAAGGCCAAGGCCAGGAAAUCCUUGCUGAAGUACGCUCAGCGAAUACGGGAAGAAAGAACGGCUGCCAGGAAAGAGGAGCUGAAGCAGGUAGGGUGAAGCGGGGGCUCGUCCUCAGAGCUCAGUGUCCUCACAGCUCUGGCACUGCAGGAGGACCUCGGUCCCCAUCCCUCGGGUCCAUGGGGCCCAGCGCAGCCGCCCCACAUGGCACAUCGAUUGUCUUGCAGGAAAUGCAGCUCAUUGCCCAGCUGGAAGAGCAGCUGCAGGCUGAGACAAAGGAGAUCAAGGAGAAGGCUGAGCGGGCGAGGAGACGUGGGCUCGCCUUCUGGAUGAAGAUGAUCUGCCUCAUCUUUGUCAGCCUCCAGCUGCUGCUCGUUACCGUGUUGGGCUCUGCAGUGCUGUACGCCCAGCACUAUGACCAGGAGCUGUUGUAUCGGCUCCUGCUGCGAGUGCUGCCCCAGGCAAUGUACGCUUCCCUGGCGUACUUUGCGAGCAGGAGCCUGCGUGUGGUCUGUGAUGGGCUGCUGCCCAUCUGACCGCCCCACUCAGUCCCCCCUCCCAGCUCGGGGCUGCGCAGUGGUGGGGUGCAGGGAGAGAGCUCUGUCCCCACGGAAGGGGCCUCUCCUGUGCUCCUGCCCCCAGGGGCGCACAGGCACAGCUGUGGGGCAGUGCCGGCAGGCGGCUGAGUGCCACCACUUUGGACUUACAAAUAAGUUGGUACUGUCGUCGUGAGUCGUCAGCUGAACACCACCACCUCCGACGACCCAUCAGACUGAAGAUCUGCACCUGACACCAGGACGUGGCUUCUUGGAUUCUUUGAGUCUUCGUAGCAGCCAUUUCCUUCAGCUGGUUACCUGUAAGGCUUAUGAAUUGUAAUUAGCCCAUUAGGCAAUGUUACCUCCAGUGGGCUGUUGUCAGUUGUUAAGAAUGCUGUCAAUAAAUGGAUGUGUAUUAA